AUGUCGUCCCCCCCUCGCAGUUCAUCGAUCAAGCGACCUGACCCCAGGAAUGCACACUCUCCUGUCCCCUCUGGUCCCCUCCUCCGAAGCAGAGCUAGCAAGAGUUCCCCGUCGGCUACCCCGCAGCAAUUGUUUUACUCGUUAAAGAAGGAGAUAGUCGCCACCAAUGGACCUGCCUAUUUUGAGAGAGAUGGUAUUGCGCCUGAAACAGGCCACCUGGUAGCCAGAAGUUUGUGCGAGGAUGGCGAUGUCGAACGCAAGAGCGUAACUAUUUCCUACAACCCCAUCAGCCUGGUCCUAUCGAUAAAGAUGCCCACGGUCGCGCACGAGGCUGUUCAAGAGUGGGUAAUCAGCGAAGUCAAAGUCAAGACCCUACUCACCGGCUUUUUUUCCGUCGGGGAACUGGAUAGCAUUUUCAUUCUUGGACCUAGACGUUACGAUUCUUUCCCCCCACCUUGGAACAACAUUUAUAAAGAGCCAGAUGUCGCGAUCACGUUUGCGGGGGUGCCUCUGCCCAUGAUCGCCGUCGAAGUAGGCUAUACCGAAUCGUGGCCCAAGCUUCUCCGGGACAGAGACCUCUGGAUUAUUGGGGGAGCCCCCCACGUCAACGCUGUCUUGCUGGUCAAGUGGAAUUUACGCAAAAAUAACCAUGUCGCUGGUUAUUUGGAACUUCAUCGUCCGGGUGUAGCCAAUCCGCCUCGUUUGGUGAGUAUCAAAAAAUUAUUUGAACUCUUCUGGUGA